UAACUCAACAACAGCCAACACUUCAAAGUUAAAACAAGAACCUCUCUCUACACAUCAUCAUCCUUGUUCGUGUCGCUCUUCAUCCAUUUUCCACCUUGCAAAAAAAUCUGUCUUCAGUCAAAUUGGGAAAACAAAAAAAAUGACUCUGCGUUUGAGAUCUUCUUCCUGGAAAUCGAAUUUGCUCAAAAUUCUCAGACAUAACCACGGCUUCGGUUCUGCUAGCCACGCGGCUCGACAUCUCCGCCAAAAACCACCACAUGAGCCUACGCUUCGAGUUUCACAGAAUCCAAUUAGUCGGUUCUGUAACACCAUGUCAGAGAAACUCUCAAGUAUUGGUGAGCACGAAGACGCCAACACUCAGGUGCAUGCAAAUAUUACCAGCUCCCCAGUCAUGGAUUUUCCUGGAGGAAAGGUAGCUUUCACACCUGAGAUUCAAUUCAUAUCAGAAUCCAGUAAAGAGCGUGUACCUUGUUACCGUGUUCUUGAUGACAAUGGCCAACUAAUCACCAACAGCCAGUUUGUUCAGGUAAGUGAGGAAGUUGCGGUGAAGAUAUAUAGCAAUAUGGUAACUCUUCAGAUAAUGGAUAACAUCUUUUACGAAGCUCAAAGACAAGGCAGACUUUCCUUUUACGCUACUGCCAUCGGUGAAGAAGCCAUUAAUAUUGCAUCAGCCGCAGCUCUCUCUCCUGAAGAUGUUAUCUUUCCUCAGUACAGAGAGCCUGGUGUGCUACUGUGGCGUGGUUUCACGCUUCAAGAAUUUGCAAACCAGUGUUUUGGGAACAAAUCUGAUUAUGGAAAAGGCAGGCAGAUGCCAGUCCACUAUGGCUCUAACAAGCUCAAUUAUUUUACUGUUUCAGCCACUAUUGCUACGCAGAUACCAAACGCGGUUGGUGCUGCUUAUUCCUUAAAGAUGGACAGGAAGGAUGCAUGUGCUGUCACAUAUUUUGGCGAUGGUGGCACAAGUGAGGGAGACUUCCAUGCUGCUAUGAAUUUUGCAGCAGUUAUGGAAGCUCCUGUUUUAUUUAUUUGCCGGAACAAUGGAUGGGCGAUCAGUACUCCCACCUCAGAUCAGUUCCGAAGUGAUGGUAUAGUGGUCAAAGGCCGUGCUUAUGGUAUUCGAAGUAUACGUGUGGAUGGAAAUGACGCGCUUGCUAUGUACAGUGCAGUGCACUCUGCUCGUGAAAUGGCAAUCAAAGAACAUAGGCCAAUCUUGAUUGAGGCCUUAACAUACCGCGUAGGACACCAUUCAACAUCAGAUGAUUCCACUAGGUACCGAUCUGCAGAUGAGAUAGAGUGGUGGAACAAAGCUAGAAACCCACUGUCUAGGUUUAGGACAUGGAUUGAAAGUAAUGGCUGGUGGAGUGAUGAAGAGGAAUCGGAUCUGAGAAGCAGAGUCAAGAAAGAGAUGUUAGAAGCGCUCAGGGUUGCAGAGAAGACUGAGAAACCGAAUCUUAAGGACAUGUUUUCAGAUGUCUACGAUGUUCCUCCUUCUAACCUCAGGGAACAGGAGCGUCUGGUGAGGCAGACCAUCAAAAGUCACCCACAAGAUUAUCCAUCAGAUGUUCCUCUUUAGGCAGACUCUAAUUGACUGCUUUGUGUAGUAAAAUGUAAGCCGUUAUCAACAUUGUGUAUUGAAAUAUUUUACUGAAAUCAAGACCAUUAUUCAAAAGCAUA